CAGCCUGAGUGCCCAAAAGCCUCUGCCCCCAGCCUCAUGACCCUGCCACGGGUGGGCUGGAGGAGCAGGAGGAGGAGGAGGAGGAAGAAGACGAGGAGGAGGAGACAUUGUGCUUUCGCUCCCGCUGACUGCAUGGGCUGGGGCAAAAGACAGAAAAAAGGAGGAGGGGAAUAAAAAGUAAAGAGAAGGGGGAGAGAGAGAGAGUGAAAGAAAACGAAGCCCAGCUUCUGCCGGUGCUGCUUGGAUUGGAUCUGGUUUGAGUUUCCUCUCUGCUGGCUUAUACAGCAGGAGAGGAGGAGUGGGGGAAGUAACUUGCUCGCCGCCCUUCCUCUGGAGCUGAACAAACGUGCUGGGGACUGUGCCGGCGGCAGCUGCCCGGCUGCGCUGUCUCGCAGCCUGUUGCUCUGAGUUACUAGAGAACUGCUUGGACUGCUCAAGAAUCUGGAGGAAAAAGCCACCGCUUCACAGACCCGCUUAGUUGCUCAGUGCCUAUAGACUUGACACUAUUUUUGUUUUUGUUUUUCCUAGGGAAUUCUUUUUUUUUAUUACUUUUCUCCCGUCUCUCUCAGCUCCUUGAGUGUGUGGCAUUGAAAUCUGUUGCCUUAUUAACACUGGGAGAUAUUUUUUCCAAACGUUUCCCCUUUUCCUUAAAAAGAAAAAAAAUCAAAAUCAAAAGAAAAAAGAUAAGCCUUCUGGGGGAGGGGAGAUGAUCGUGCUGAUGUGGAAUAAGUGCUCCUGCUGUCUCCUCUUACUAGCCGCGGUCCUGAUCGUGGAGAGCUCCCAGCUAGACAGCUCCAGCUCCAAGGUGAACUCCAUCAAGUCCACCCUGAUGGGGGAGGCUCCAACUCAGGCAACCAACAGAUCUGCAGGUAUCCACCAGGGACUGAAGCUUGCUAGCAGUAAGAAGGGGAAAAUGCUAGAGCAGAUAAGAAAACCUCCCAAGCACUAUCACCGGCAAGGAGAGGUCUACCCGUGCACCAAUGACAAGGAAUGUGAAGUUGGGCGGUAUUGCCACAGUCCUCAUCAAGCAUCGUCUGCGUGCAUGUUAUGCCGGAGGAAGAAGAAACGGUGCCACAGAGAUGGUAUGUGCUGCCCGGGGAAUCGCUGCAACAACGGUAUUUGUGUACCAGUAACUGAAAACAUCCUCACACCUCACAUCCCUGCAUUAGACGGGCCACGCAACAAGAAGAACAGUCAUUAUGCUAGCAAGGAUUUGGGAUGGCAAAACUUAGGGAGGGCUCAGUCCAAGCUGUCACACAUUAAAGGACAUGAAGGCGAUCCCUGCCUGCGGUCAUCAGACUGUAUUGAGGGACACUGCUGUGCUCGCCAUUUCUGGACCAAAAUUUGCAAGCCUGUAUUGCAUCAGGGGGAGGUGUGCACCAAGCAGCGCAAGAAAGGCUCCCAUGGACUAGAGAUUUUCCAACGAUGUGACUGUGCCAAAGGGCUGUCUUGCAAAGUAUGGAAAGAUGCAACCUCUUCUUCUAAAUCAAGACUUCACGUGUGUCAGAAAAUCUGAAGGGUAGAUAGUUCUAAGUAUUAAGUGACUGGUUUUCUGUAUUUAAUGUGUUACAGUAUGCUGGGAAAUGAGGACUGCAUGUGAAAGAGGAAUGGCUAAAUUAACAAGGUGGGAGUAGAAAAAAGUCACAUCAAAUGCAUUUCUUUUUGAGCUGGUGAAAAACACCAGAGCAGCCAGAGAUUUCCCACUGUGCAGGUUUUCUGUAAAUAACUCGUACAGUUUGUGGGAAAUGCUAGUACGCAAAUAAGUAGAGUGGAAAUUAAUGCCAUUUACCUUGCUGUGUUGUCCCAUGAUGUUCCAGGGGCCAGUAUAAGGGCUACAGUGGUUUUCCACCAUGGCAAUGCCUGCUAAAUAAAUUGUAUACAUUGUACUCCUAUAGGAAGCUGUGCAUUCCAGGAAGAUUUGUCUGCCAACACAUUAUCAGUGACUAAAAUAUUAUACAUUGCAGGUGCGAGGGAUGGAAAUACAGUUACUGUGAAUCUCCAUACACUUGUCAUGCAGGGCUGACACUUCAGCAAAGAAAGCAUGCUUGCAGGACUGCUACAAGAAUCCUAAAUUUUGUAGGCCCUCACAAAAUGGUGAAAACUUGCCAUCUCAUCAUUUCAAGACAGCAAGCAGUUUCUCUAAUCAGAGUCAUUUAAACAGGGUUUUCUUUCCUAUAUUUAGGCAAACUGAAAUGCUUUAUGUAGUUCAAUGUCAUAGUAGGGCACUUAAUCGCUUGUAUUUGUCUCGGUUUACUGCUAGUAUACAUUGGAUUGAACAGAUGAAACAAAUACAUGCAUGCUGAAUCCAGAAUUAUAUACAGGCAGUUGCUCAUUAGACCUAAAUAUACUUUCUUUUCCUAAACAUACCUGCAUUAUAGACAUUUCCAAAGAUAGCGGAGUGUUGAAUAUCUAACACUAAGAGAUAUGAAAUUGUGCCAGAGGAUGUAGGCACUUGUUGGGGAAUUUCAACUGUACUGCUAUAAACUCAAAGUUUUACUUUUCAAUGGUAGCAAUGGGCUAGAGUUUGAUAUUAAUGCUAAAUCUGAUUGCAUUCUGCAAAUGGAUUUGUUUUUUAGGGGUAGCAAAGAGAAAAAAAAAAAA